CCCCUCCGCAUGGAAUAUCCAAAAUUCGGAAUUCUCUCAGACAACCACGGAGGAGCUUUAUCCCAUUUCCCAUGGAUGUUGACGGAGAAGGUGACCUUGGUAAAAACCCUAGAAUCAUGGAGAGGGAUUCAGAUUCGCUCAAGGAUCAGAUCGCAGAGCCUUCAUGGUUUACCCCCAAAAAGCUUCUCGUUGUGUUUUGUGUUGUCAACUUAAUCAAUUAUAUAGAUCGAGGAGCUAUAGCAAGUAAUGGUAUCAAUGGGAGUCGUGGUACUUGCACCUCAACUGGUACAUGUUCAUCUGGCACCGGAAUUCAGGGGGAUUUCAACUUGAGCAAUUUUGAAGAUGGAGUUCUGUCAUCUGCGUUCAUGGUUGGGCUUCUUGUAGCCUCUCCUAUAUUUGCUUCACUAGCAAAGAGAGUUAAUCCGUUUAGACUUAUCGGAGUUGGAUUAUCGAUCUGGACUCUCGCUGUGCUUGGCUGCGGUCUUUCAUUUGAUUUUUGGUCCAUCACAAUCUGUCGCAUGUUUGUUGGUGUUGGUGAGGCAUCAUUUGUCAGUCUCGCUGCCCCAUAUAUCGACGAUAAUGCUCCACAUGAUCAGAAAUCAGCGUGGCUUGCUUUAUUCUACAUGUGCAUUCCGGCAGGCUAUGCUUUUGGCUAUGUAUAUGGUGGACUGGUGGGGAAUGUCCUUCCUUGGCGUGCAGCAUUUUGGGGAGAAGCAAUACUUAUGCUUCCUUUUGCUGUUCUAGGUUUUGUUAUCAAACCCUUGCAUUUGAAAGGUUUCGCUCCAGAUGAUACAGGUUUCGCUCCAGAUGAUACAGAUAACUUAAACGUCUUGCCAGUCAGCUAUGGGUUUUCAUCUGUCCUGAAAGAUUUGAAAUUGCUUUUGGUUGAUAAGGUUUAUGUUACAAACAUUCUUGGGUAUAUUGCUUACAACUUUGUUUUAGGCGCAUAUUCAUAUUUUGGUCCAAAGGCUGGUUAUAACAUAUACAAGAUGGAAAACGCUGAUCUGAUAUUUGGAGGGGUCACAGUUAUAUGCGGAAUCGUUGGCACAUUAUCAGGAGGAGUGAUUUUAGAUUACAUGGAUGCUACAAUUUCAAAUGCUUUCAAGCUUCUUUCAGUUUCAACAUUUGUAGGAGCACUGUUUUGCUUUUCUGCUUUCUGUUUCAAGAGCUUGUAUGCAUUUUUAGCUUUUUUUGCUAUUGGUGAACUUCUCAUCUUUGCCACACAGGGUCCUGUGAAUUUCGUAGUUCUCCAUUGUGUCAAACCAAGUUUGAGACCACUAGCAAUGGCGAUGUCUACUGUCUCUAUCCAUAUCUUUGGAGAUGUACCUUCCUCACCACUCGUCGGAGUUCUUCAGGACCAUGUGAACAAUUGGAGAGUAACUGCUCUUGUUCUUACAUUCGUUCUCUUUCCAGCUGCUGCAAUUUGGUCCAUAGGCAUUUUCCUGAAUAGUGUGGACCGAUAUAACGAAGAUUCCGAGCCUGAGGCUGUGACCAGAGAAUCAACCGUUGCACCUCUUCUUGAGGUAGCAUGAGACCAAAAAGAAACCUCAAAUGUAACUGUUGAGAAUUUUAUGGUAUAUUCUCAUCUCUUUUAUCAAACUUGUACAAAAGAAAUAUGCAUGAAAUAUAUAUAUGUACCUUGUUCCUCUCUACAGAAACGUAGUUGUUUAGUAAGUUUUCAGAUUCACAUUGAUAUGUCUCAAUCACAACUCAGUUCAGGAACAUAAAAUAUGAUAUGUUGAUGUUAUUUCUCA